CGACGAUCCAAAUUGUUCGUCAUCUUCGCUCAGCGUUUCCCAUCGUAUUCACACAUUGGCGGCGUCCGAACCCAGCAGUUCGUGUUUUGUUUCCCGUCAGCUACAGUACACCAUCCACGAUGCCGUUAGAGAACUUAGAGGAUCAAGGGUUAGAAAAAAACCCGAAUCUUGAAUUGCCGCAGCUCACGUUUCAACUCACGCUGCCUGAGUUUGCCCAAGACAAAACCAUCCAACAACGCAUCUUAGAUGCCAUCAAAAGGGAUGAUAUGGCGCCGUGGUAUGAGCUUGUUGCCAGGGAUCUGAAUUUAAAGCUCGACGUCGCGCUCGUCAAACGCAUGAAAACGAAGAAUGAUGCUCUUGUGCAAUCCCUCAAUGAAACCAUAGAAGACGCAGAGAAGAACCUUGGUGAGAUGGAGGUCCGAGAGGCAUAUCUCAAGAAAGCCGAGCAUUACAGCCGCAUUGGUGACAAAGAUAAUGCGGUGACGACGUUCCGACAAGCGUAUGAUAAAACCGUUUCGCUUGGACAUCGUCUUGAUAUUAUCUUCCAUCUGAUUCGUAUUGGUUUCUUUUUCAUGGACCAUGAACUUAUAACCAAGAAUAUUGAGAAAGCAAAAACGUUGAUCGAAGAAGGUGGUGAUUGGGACAGGAGAAAUAGGUUGAAAGUCUACCAGGGCGUCUACUGCAUGAUUAUUCGUGACUUCAAAGCCGCUUCUGGUCUAUUUCUGGACACUAUCAGCACGUUUACUAGCUACGAACUCAUGGAUUACAAGACUUUCGUUCGGUACACCGUAUAUGUUUCAGUUAUUAGUUUGCCUAGGAAUAAACUACGUGACCAGGUGGUUAAGGGUUCUGAGAUCCUCGAAGUUCUGCACUCGGAACCAUUCGUUAAGGAUUACUUAUUCUCGCUGUACACGUGCCAGUACGGCGAGUUCUUCAGCAAACUCUCACAGGUUGAGGAUAUUCUCCGUCGUGAUUACAUGCUGCAUCCGCAUUAUCGUUACUAUGUGCGUGAGAUGCGUAUUCUUGCAUACACGCAGCUGCUUGAAUCCUACCGGUCCCUGACGUUGGAAUACAUGGCAGAGGCGUUCGGCGUCAGUAAAGCAUUCGUAGACAAGGAAUUGUCGACGUUUAUCGCGUCUGGACGUCUCCAUUGCCGGAUUGAUCGCAUCGGUGGCAUCGUUGAGACAAACCGACCCGUGCUGAAGAUCGCACAGUUUCAUGGCGUUGUCAAACAGGGUGACUUACUACUUAAUCGCGUGCAGAAAUUGUCAAGGGUUAUUAAUAUCUGAAACGGCACUGUGUGUUGGCGCCGUUACGUAUUAUGCAUAAAUCAUGUACUCGUGAAAGUUCUUAGCUUUUCUUUUAAUUUAUCUGGUCUCUCAUCUUUUUUUUUAUUACAAUUGAAUGAAGGUUUAUAUCUAAUUAGUUCUAUGAUCGUAGAAUAUCAUUGAAUCAGUUUCACGAAUACAAUCUUAUACACUA